AUGUCAUCAACACCAGAUAUAGACCCAUAUGCUGCACUCGGGGUUUCCAAAGAGGCCACCAUCCCUGAAAUCAGAGCCGCCCAUCGAAAGCGGGUUCUCAAGUGCCAUCCGGACAAGAUUCAAGAUGAGUCGCAGCGGAUUGCUGCCCAAGAUGAAUUCCAGAAAGUCCAACAGGCCUACGAACUGCUCUCAGACGAUGCCCGACGAGCCAAAUAUGAUGCGAAAGCCAGGAUUGCCGAGUUAAAGCGCGAAAUCUUAGAACGCAAACGGUCAGACCCUUCGUACGCCUCUCCGCGCGGUAGUGCAUCCAGCAAUCGCGAAUACCGCAAUGGUCAUAUUGUGGAAGAAAGAGUCCCCUUGGAUGCCUUCUUUGAGGAAAAGAUGCGAUUCACAGACGAGCCACGCUCAAUGUCUCGCAAAUUUGACGAAUUUGGCGUGCGUCCAAAGCCGAAAGCAGCGGAAGAGAAAGACAAGAAGAGGGACCGCACACCGUUAAGCACCUAUCACCAAGCGAAGGAACUGCGGGAAACAGCCAAGGCGACAGCCAAGGCGUCACAUUCUGACCGUGCCAAGGUGCGCGAUCAGGAGCGACGACGACAAGCCGAGGCAAAGUACGACACGUUUGAAUCAUAUGCCGAAACCGAUGAGGCCUCUGAUUCCAGUGUGCCCCGCGAUAUUUACACGAAACGAAGCGCGACACCUCGCCGAGAGCGCGAUUCGCGAUCUCGACCUUCGGAAGCCUCUCGUCGCCGUCACGGCCGCUACGAGGAAGAAGGCGCUUCGUCCGAUCCCUUGCAGUCCAAGUUCGAUAAUCAGUUCUUCAAGGCAGAAGAUUAUAUUGCGUCCAAAGCUCGGACUUCUAGGUCUCCACGCCAAUACCGUGGUUACGACUCGACUGAACCAGAAUCAUCCAGCUCGCGAUCUUCGGGUCGGUCUACCCGAACCCGGCGUCGUUCUUCGUCGCGCGACAGAUCCUACGAGCACAUAGAAUCACCCCGGACCUAUGAAGCCAAGCCUCCCAAGAUGCAACCCUCCGCAACUUCCCCAGGCAUCAGGGAAUCUCUCCGUCCUUCUUUCCUCAGCACUCGCUCCGCAACCACCUCUGGCUUCAGCCGCCCCAAGCGGGAAAGUCGCGAGCCAACUCUCUAUGAAAUGACCCAAGAUCCAAUCCCAUCGCGAACUUACAAAAUGCGCGAACGCAACGACUCGGGUUACUCCAGCCCUGGCACCCCCGAAAUGCUUCCCAAAAGCAGUUCCGCCAAGACAUCAACGCGCUAUAAGAUCGUCACGGAACCCGAUCAUAUUGUGGUCGAGCCCAAGGCAUCAAAGCACCGUUCUUCAAGAUCUCCUGAUCGGGAUCGCAUCUCCUCAAGACAGCCACUCAAGAGGAGUACUACCUUCCAGAAUUACACCAUGGAAGCCUCACCUCGCAUCGAGACUCGGUCAGCGCGCCCUUCUCGUCAUCCGGACGUUGAAUACAUUAUCCGCCCGAAGGAGAAGGACGUCACGUACUCUAAGACGUACAAGGAAGAAGAUGUCAGUAGACGUCCUCAUUACAUAUGUGAGGAGGAUCUCCGUCCCCCAAGGCGCCAGUCCGCCUAUGCCUAUUAA